UGGCUUGUGGUUACCGCCGUACGCGUAGUCCUUCUUGCUCUACCAUCUCCCUGUCUCGGUUUACUUCUACUCCUCGCCCCGUCGAUCACUCUCCGCUGUCACAUACCUUAUCGCGGGCCCACAUCUCCCGUGACACUUGGCGUCGCAGCAAACAUUCGUCCUGCAGCAACCAUGGCACCUGGUAGUGGACGCGAUUUUAGUUGCUCUUGGCCAGGAUGUAACAAGUCCUUCAAUCGCAAAUCAGAUCUCUGCAGGCAUUACCGCAUCCACACCAACGAACGGCCUUACCACUGCAACCACAAAGACUGCAACAAGAGUUUCAUCCAGCGGAGUGCAUUGACAGUACAUGUGCGGACGCAUACGGGCGAAAAGCCGCAUCUUUGUGAUCAUGAAGGAUGCGAGAAAGCUUUCUCGGAUUCCUCGAGUCUGGCCCGUCAUCGAAGGAUUCACACGGGCAGGCGACCCUAUAUCUGUCAAGAGCCCACAUGUGAGCGGAGCUUCUGUCGCAAGACCACCUUGACUAAGCACCACCAAAAAACACAUGUGGCGGCCACAAGCCGCACCUCCUCCGAGGAUCCUGCUUCUGACCCGGAGUAUCCGCCGCCAGUUCCAUUCUCUGUGCCACACGAACAAUUCAUACUCCCACAGGCAGCGCACUUUGGCUAUGCUGCGACAUCUCACAAUUUCUAUCCGCAUCAAACUGUACAGAUUACGUCGGUUCCCUUCCAUGAACAGUCCCCGGUGGUAGCUUCCAGCGUGCCGGUCACGUUGUCAGCUGACGUUCCUCACGUACAGCAGCCAUACAUGCACUACGUCCAACAACACCAUCCACAACAACAUCAUCCACACCAGCACUCGCAGCCCCAGCAGCGUUACGAUUACUCCCGAGGAUACAUACCAUCGGAGUAUACGCAGCCCUACAGUCAGGCCCCGGUCGUUGAGUCCAACCCGGUGAUGGAACCUUUACCGCAACAUAACUCCGAGUACAAGCACAUUCGUUUUCUGAGCCAGCCUGAAGGAACCGACUGGAGAUUCCUUGGUGUGGGGGGCUGAGAAAGCGAUCCACAAACCCUUUGGUUUGAAGGCGCCGGGAUCCCGGAUGAUCCUCGGUGUCAAUGCAUAUGUGGAAGGCUGAUGCGAUGAGGACCGAGUGCGGCUCUCACGGAUAUCAGGCUACAUUUUUUUCCCA